GCGAGGCAGCACUGGAGGACUUUUUAAAAAGAGGGCAAAGCCAGAAGUGGGGUUGUUUUGACUUUCUGGAGCGUCAACCUAAGGGUUAAAGGGAAGGAGUCUCCAUUCCUAGAGGGGCUUGAAGAAAGAAAGUCACCUGACUUGCUGCAGUCACUUCCUGUGAUGAGUGGGGAAGGGGAGGAGAGGCAGCCCUGGAGAACUUUUUAAACAGAGGUGGCGGCUGUUUGGAGAGGAAAGGAGGAUGAAGGGAGAGGUGAACUCAGUCGGUCCAGAAACAAGAAAAGGCGCUGAUGCCACAGAGGCUGGGAGCAGAAGGAAACUGUGGGAAGGAACCUUGCAGAAGAGCCUGGGAGAGGAUUUGCUCCCUUCAGAUGUGCAGCGCCAGCAAUUCCGGCACUUCCGUUACCAGGAGGCUGAAGGGCCCCGAAAGGUCUGCAGCCGACUCUACCGCCUUUGCCUCCAGUGGCUGAAGCCAGAAAGGCACAGCAAGAAGGAGAUCCUGGACCUGGUGAUCCUGGACCGGUUCUUGGCUGUUCUGCCACCAGAGAUGGAGAGCUGGGUCAGGGAAUGUGGGCCGGAGACCAGUUCCCAGGCAGUGGCCCUGGCAGAAGGGUUCCUCCUGAGCCACGCAGGUGACAAGAAUCCAGGCCAGGAGGUGCAGGAAAAGUUUGAGUGUUACCUCAGAGCAGCUUUCCUGGAUGAGGCCUUGAAACCAACAGUAAAUUCUUUGCCAACUCUUUGCAGCAUAGAUAAAGCAACUUCCGUGCGGCCAGAAUGGGGUCUAGUGACCUUCGAGGAGGUAUAUGUUCAUUUCACUGAGGAAGAGUGGGCUCUAUUGGAUCCGGAAAAAAGAAGCCUUCACAAGGAAGUCAUGGAGGAGAACUUUCAGAAUGUGGCCUCUCUGGGAGGACUUCUGGUUCCCGGACCUGACAGUAUUUCCCUGAUGCAAGGAAAUGGAAAUCCAUUUUCCCAGGACCCAGAAGAAAGAGAGAGAUCAGCAGAAGAUGAUGAUCCCCAGAGAAAGCCUGAAGGAGAACCAAAACAACUCCCAUUGGAAGGAGAACAGCAGAGGAGAAGCACUGGGAUAAAAGAGAAGAGUUCACAGCUUACUGCCCAUCGACAAAUCCAGGCGUGGGAGAAACCAUAUAAAUGCAUAGAGUAUAGGAAGAGCUUUGCUAAGAAUUCACAGCUUACUGCCCAUCAACAAAACCACACAGGGGAGAAACCAUACAAAUGCAUGGACUGUGGAAAGAGCUUUGCUCUUCCUCUAAUCCAUACAGGAGAGAAACCAUAUAAAUGCAUGGAGUGUGGAAAGAGUUUUGCUCGGAAUGGAGACCAUACUGUUCGUAAGCGAAUCCACACGGGGGAGAAACCAUAUAUCUGUGUGAAGUGUGGAAAGAGCUUUGCUCGGAAUGGAGACCUUACUGUCCAUCAACGAAUCCACAUGGGGGAGAAACCGUAUAACUGUGUGGAGUGUGGAAAGAGCUUUGCUUUGAGCUCCCACCUUACUUCCCAUCGACGAAUCCACACAGGAGAGAAACCAUAUAAAUGUGUGGUGUGUGGGAAGAGCUUUGCUAAGAGUUCACAGCUUACUGCCCAUCAACGAAUCCACACAGGGGAGAAACCAUACAAAUGCAUAGACUGUGGAAAGAGCUUUGCUCUGAAUACAAACCUUACUGCCCAUCGAAAAAUCCAUACAGGGAAGAAACCAUAUAAAUGUGUGGAGUGUGGAAAGAGCUUUGCUUGGAAGCAAAGUUUUACUGGCCAUCAGAGAAUCCACACAGGGGAGAAACCAUACAAGUGCAAGGACUGUGGAAAGAGCUUUGCUCAAAAUAUAGCUCUUACUGUCCAUCAACAAAUUCACACAGGAGAGAAACCAUAUAAAUGUGUGAAGUGUGGGAAGAGCUUUGCUUGGAAGCAAAGUUUUACUGGCCAUCAGAGAAUCCACACAGGGGAGAAAUCAUACAAAUGCAAGGACUGUGGAAAGAGCUUUGCUCAAAAUAUAGCUCUUACUGUCCAUCAACAAAUUCACACAGGAGAGAAACCAUAUAAAUGUGUGGAGUGUGGGAAGAGCUUUGCUUGGAAGCAAAGUUUUACUGGCCAUCAAAGAAUCCACACAUUGGAGAAACCAUAUAAAUGUGUGGAGUGUGGGAAGAGCUUUGCUUGGAAGCAAAGUUUUACUGGCCAUCAGAGAAUCCACACAGGAGAGAAACCAUACAAAUGCAAGGACUGUGGAAAGAGCUUUGCUCAAAAUAUAGCUCUUACUGUCCAUCAACAAAUUCACACAGGAGAGAAACCAUAUAAAUGUGUGAAGUGUGGGAAGAGCUUUGCUUGGAAGCAAAGUUUUACUGACCAUCAAAGAAUCCACAUAUGGGAGAAACCAUAUAAAUGUGUGGAGUGUGGGAAGAGCUUUGCUCGGAAGCGAAGUUUUACUAGCCAUCAAAGAAUCCACACAGGGGAGAAACCAUACAAAUGCAUGGACUGUGGAAAGAGCUUUGCUUGGAAUGCACAACUAACUCUCCAUCAACAAAUCCACACAGGGACAGGGGAGAAACUACAUAUAUGCAUGGAAUGUGGAAAGAGCUUUCCUCAGAGAACACAGCUUACAGUUCAUCAACGAAUUCAUACAGGGGAGAAACCAUAUAACUGUGUGCAGUGUGGAAAGAGCUUUGCUCAGAGCUCCAACCUUGCUGCCCAUCAACGAAUCCACACAGGGGAGAAACCAUAUAACUGUGUGGAAUGUGGGAAGAGCUUUGUUCGGAAUAUAAACCUUACUAUCCAUCAACGAAUCCACACAGGGGAGAAACCAUAUAAAUGUUUGCAGUGUGGGAAAAGCUUUGCUCAGAAUAAAUGUCUUACUGCCCAUCAACAAAUUCACAAAGGGGAAAAGCCAUAUAAAUGUGUGGAGUGUGGGAAGAGCUUUCUUCGGAAUGCAGAACUUACUGUCCAUCAACGAAUCCACAAAAGGGAGAAACCAUAUAAAUGUAUGGAAUGUGGUAAGAACUUUGUUCAGAGUUCACAGCUUACUUACCAUCAACAAAUCCACACAGGGGAGAAGCCAUACAAAUGUGUAGAGUGUGGAAAGAGCUUUACUCGGAAUGUAGACCUUAAUGUCCAUCAACGAAUCCACACAGGGGAGAAGCCAUAUAAAUGUGUGGAGUGUGGAAAGAGCUUUACCCGGAACAGCAUCCUUAGUGUCCAUCAACGAAUCCACACAGGGGAGAAACCAUAUAAAUGUGUAGAGUGUGGAAAGAUGUUUAUGCGGAAUGGAGAUCUUACAGUUCAUCAACGAAUCCACACACUGGAGAAACCAUAUAAAUGUGUGGAAUGUGGGAAGAGCUUUGCUCGGAAUGCAGACUUUACUUGCCAUCGACGAAUACACACAGGGGAGAAACCAUUUAAAUGUACGGAGUGUGGUAAAAACUUUACUCGGUGUUCACAGCUUACUGUCCAUCGACGAAUCCACUCAAGGGAAUAACUAUAAAUUCGUGGAGAGUGAAAAAAGCUUUGAUAAGAGAACAAAUCUUACUUUCUAUCAACUUAUUCACAUGGGAAAACCCUAUGAAUAUGUGGAGUGUGGAAACAGCUGUUUUCAGAGUUUACGCCUUAUUGUGCAUCAAUGAAUCCACUGGGAGGAACAGCAUCAGUUCUAAUAGUCUGGAAGAAAUUUACAUUUAAAAAAUCAUUUGGUCACAUAUCAAAGGAUUCCCACAGGAGAGAAAACAUAGAAGGGUUUUUCUCAGGGUUUUGGGGAGGUUUUGAAAGGCAGGCAUCUUUCAAGGGCAUGGGAAGGGAGAGAUCUUAUAUUGGUUUUAAUUUGGAAAUUUUAAAAUUGUUUUGUAAACUAUCUUGAACCGUCUGCAAAUGCAGGGUAUAAAUGCUUUAAUAAAUAAAAAUAAAUAAGUGCUGCCACUGUGGCAACAGCUUUAGCCACAGGCCCAGUUUUGCCUGGCGUCAUGAAGACCACGCAGGGGACCAACCAUGCAUCCUUUCAAAGAAGUCAGCAGUAGGGUAAAUCUUAGAAAAGAUCAGUGUUUAGAGUUUUUAUGCUAAAUCCAGCAUGUAUUUUAUAUUUUCUGAAUUGGUUUGUUCAAUUACCAACUAAAAUAAUUGGAAUACAUUUUAUUAUAAAAUGUGAGUAUUUUGACCUACGCCAUUAACACAUGUUGUAGAGGGGUGUCACAGACUUUAGGGUUAAUACAGGCCAGUCUAUGAAAUGUUGAAAGCUCUGGUGUCUUUAAUUAAUGAUCUCCACCUGGAUAUAGAAAAAUGUCAUUCUUCUUUGUUUCAGUAGACCAUGCUAUCUUGUUAAGGCAGAUGUUGGUUUCUGUCAGGAAGUGGCUUAUUAAAAGUUGCAAUCCAGACUAUCUCUUGCAAUUAGACAUGAGUCCAUUGGUUUCAAAAGACUUUACUGAAUAUAAACAACCCUUAUAGUCCACUAUCCAAGAUGCAAUAUCUUGCCUGGUACAUGAGUAUUGUUACGAAUGACAGGCAAAGGUUAAGGUACAGAAUAACAUACCCCUGCAGGCCCCAUCCUCCCCCCACAGUUCUCAAGGCAAGCGGCUUGAGGCUGGGAAAGUGAAAGUUUCCCAAGGCUGGAAAGGUUGUAGUCAUAACAUUCUUCUUCUCUGAGAUAACUGCUACUGAACUGCUUGCCACCUGCAAGAGAAGCACUUAAAAUACUGACAGGAUUAAAAUGGAGUCUCUUUGGUUUGAAUACACAAGAAAUACAGUCAGAACCUGACAUUCUGCCCCCACUAAAAUGUUCUUCCCCCGGGUUUGAAAGGGUAGAGAGUGUGAAAAGAUUUUAAUAAUCUAGGAGCAUGAACAUGAAUAGCCUCCACCCACUCAUCAAACCCAGAGUCAAAGUCCUUCCAUCUAAUGAGGUAAAACAGCUUGUUACGUUUGAUUUUAGAGUCCAAAAUUUGUUGUACUUCGUAAUGGACUUGAUCAUCAAUUAAGGUUGGUAUAGGAGGAGCACGGGUGUGCCAUUGAUCUGCUGGGGGGACCUUUUUCAAUAAGCUGAUGUGAAAAGUAGGAUGCAUGUGACGGAGAUUCUUUGACAAAUCAAGUGCUACAGUCACUUUGUUGAUGAUUUUGCAAACUGGAAAAGGUCCUAAAAACUUUAGUGCUAAUUUACGGCUGGUUUGAGCAAUUUUCAAAUUUUUUGUGGAUAAAUAAAUAAGAUCUCCAGGAUGCAAUUCCCAUUCGGCCGCACGAUGGCGAUUGGCAUAUUUUUUAUAGUCCUGUUUAGCUUUGUUAAGAUGAUUUUGAAUAAGAGUCCACUGUUGAGCUGCCUCCCCCCACCAUUCUGAAACGUCUUUAGAAGCUAUUGCGGGGGGAAGAGCUUCAAAAGGAAAUGGCUUGAAGUGAUAGCCAUAAACUACUUUGAAUGGAGUUUCUCCGGUAGAAGCAUGCACACUGUUGUUGUAAGAAAAUUCCGCUAAAGGCAAUAAAUCAAUCCAAUUGUCCUGUUGAAAAUUGAUGUAGCACCGAUCGUAUGUGGUGGACUUGUGAGGUAGCUAAGCAAUACUGGGGAGAUAUAAUUGAAGCAAUUAAUGAAAUUUUACAAAUCCAAAUAAAUAAGAACCCAGAAUUGUUGCUACUGAACUUGGGAAUGGAAGGUGUUCCAGUGCAGUACAGAACAUUGUUAUUUUAUAUGACCACAGCGGCAAGACUUUUGUACGCGCAGAAAUGGAAAAUACAAGAAAUACCAACUAUAGAAGAUUGGAUUUAUAAAUUGCUGUACAUGGCGGAGAUGGACAAAAUGACAAGAAAACUUAAAGAUCUUGAUCCAGGACAAUUUAUUGCUGACUGAGGGAAAUUGAAACAAUAUUUAGAAAAAAAAUGGGAUGUGAAGGGAGAACUGUGGCAGUUUGAGAAUUAUUAAAAUGUGAUGUUGUAAACAGAAGAGAUAAGCAAUUUUACCAUUAAGGGGGAAUUUAAUUAUUACAAUCUAAGCUAGUAUUAUGUUUAAGCAAAUCUUACCUAGAAUAUAAAGUUUAAUCAAGGAAGAGUAAAAUGGAUACAUUGGUGGAUUAGUGACUUUAAUAUAGUAUAUAUAUAAAACAAUUUGAAUAUGCAUAGAGUAAAAAAUAUUACGAUAUAUGUGAAUCAUCUCAUUUUGAAUCAUCUCAACAACAUCCACCUGAACAUACAAUUCACCAUGGAGAAAGAAAUCGAGGGAAAACUCCCAUUCCUGGAUACCUGGGUCAUCCGCAAAGCAAACUUUCAGUUAGGUCACAAGGUCUACAGGAAACCAACUCACACUGAUCGGUACCUACACAAAAACUCCAAUCACCAUCCCCGACAGAAAAGAGGCAUAAUGAAAACAUUAGUGGAUCGUGCAAGACGGAUAUGUGAGCCGCACUUUCUCAAUGAGGAAAUUAAUCAUCUAAACCACGCACUUCAGGCAAAUGGCUACUCCAGAAAUGAAAUCCGAAGAGCAAUCAAACCCAGGAUGAAUCAAACAACCAAAGAAAAACAGUCUCCCACAGGAAAAGUGUUUUUGCCAUAUAUCAAAGGAAUUACUGAUCAGAUGGGAAAGCUUAUGAAAAAGCAUAACCUUCAAGCAGUAUUCAGACCCACCCGAAAAAUACAACAGAUGCUACGAUCAGCAAAAACAGUAGAGACCCCAAACCUCUGCAGGAGUAUACUGUAUACCCUGCAGCUGUGGACAAGUUUACAUCGGGACCACAAAGCGUAGCAUCCAGACAAGAAUAAAAGAACAUGAAAGACACUGCAGACUUGGACAACCUGAAAAAUCAGCAGUGGCUGAACAUAGCCUAACUCAAACAGGGCACAGUAUCUUAUUCCAGGACACCAAAAUACUGGACAACACUUCCAACUACUUUGUCAGAAUGCACAGGGAAGCCAUUGAAAUUCACAAGCAUAAGCAAAACUUCAACAGGAAAGAAGAAACCUUAAGAAUGAACCGAGCAUGGUUGCCAGUUCUGAAAAACACCAGGCUAACAAAACAUUCUAUCCCCGACAAUAGCCCUGCAGAGAAGAUUAGCACAUCAAGUACCAAUCCAUAUGCAAAAGAACCUCCUCAGGAUACAGUGAAGCCUCCCGCCAUUAGCAUUCCACACCCUGGGAAACUCUUACAGGAUGACUCAGCUCAACCCCACCCCUCCUGAGUAGAUACAAAUGACCUACAUCUUUUCCACACUGUGACACUGAGAGAUCUCUGCCUUUUGGUGCUACACCUCUGAAGAUGCCAGCCACAGCUGCUGGCGAAACGUCAGGAACUACAAUGCCAAGACCACGGCAAUACAGCCCGGAAAACCCACAACAACCAUCGUUCUCCGGCCGUGAAAGCCUUCGACAAUACAUCCAUAUCUUGCUAUUCAAAUCACUGUGGAAUGCUGUAGAGAUUUUGUUUCACUGCCUGACAGCUGUGGUCAAAUGGUUAAAAGCAAACAAAUAGAAAAUGAACCCAGACAGGAUGGAAGUGAUGCUCAUAGGGAAGCCAGAGACCUUGAAGGACAUUGUUCUCCCCACUUUCGGUGGAGUUUGUAUGAACUUUGCAGAGGAUCUAAUGCCACUGCUAGAAAAGCCAGUUAAGGCAGCUGCAAAAAAAUGCUUUUCACAAACUGAGUCUAUCCUGGAAUAUGGCUCCCUAUCUUGACAUGGCAGAUUUGGCCAUCUGGAUGCAUGAGAAGGAGGUGAAAAGGAGCCUAAUUCAGUUCAAGGCUCACCCAGCAGAGGGCGGGGCCAGUAGUCAGCCCUGGGCAAAACAAACCCUCUCCAAUUAGCAAUAACCAACCCCUGCAAUUAGCUACAACUCAGGCAAAGGAGACAAACAGAAACAACACUGACUUCAAAAGUCACCACUUUCCAGCAGGCUAUACACAUUCACACACCCACAAACACUGUCCUCCCACACAGUAACCUCAGCUAAUUCUUCCCAGCAGUUAAGGAAGGCAACAGAAAAACACUCACCACUAGUGCAGCUCUCUUACAUGCUCCUUCUCAGAGCCCUGGUGGCUGUGAGGAAUUAUAACUAAGCAUAAACAAUUAACAUAUCAGACAUAUUAGAUUGUUCUCAAAGUGAUUGUAAAAUGAAAUCAAGAGAAUAAUUGAUAAUGGAAGGAUAUAUACUUGCCAAUGGUUGUUUUUUUAAUGCACAACUACUAGAAAGGCUAAAAGCAGAUAACAGAUUUUACAGUUUUGAACAAUCAAAAUCUGAAUUUGAAACAGAAUUAUGUACAAAAGAUGAACGUGUUAUUGCUAAUAUAUAUAAACUUUGGUUGAAAUUUGAGACAGAGGAUGAACAAGUUAAAGAAUCUAUUAUAAAAUGGGCUAAAAACUUUGGAUAUAAUAUACGAAUGGAAAAAUAUGUGGAUGAAGGGUCUUAAAUUUACAUUAAGAUUCAGUCUUAAAGAGAACUUUUAUAAAAUGAUGUAUCGAUGGUAUAUGUCACCAGAGAAAUUAUGUAUAAAAAUAUUUCAAAUUCAUGUUGGAAAAGUGAACAAAAUGAAGGGACUUUUUAUUUUUUGUGAUGGACGUGAUCUUUUUUGGGGCCAUCGUCCUCUUCUUUCUCUUCACUUGAGAGAGUUCAGGCCAAAUUCCUUCGAGCUCUACUACAAGUACUGAAAUGCAUGUCAAAUUCUUGGGUUAGAUCGGAAACUGGAAUGUUACAGGUAGAGACUGGAAUUUGUAUCCUUUCAAUUUUCAAAUGGCUGACAGGAAGUGUUAAUCCCCAAGGCCUGCUUCCUUUAAUAUUACAAGACCAAUUUCAGGCGAGUUAGCAAAAGGCCAUUUCCAAAUCUUUGGAAAAAUUGGGCCUAUCCCCCCAAAGCCUGUUAGCCACUGGAAUUGAUCAGGCAAAAUCACUCAUCAAGCAGAGAGCGACAGACAUUGAAAGACAAAUGGACCUACUCAGAGCACCAGGUUUCAUGUCCUCUGAUAAUAACAGAUAUAUCGCUGCUCCUGCAGCUUGCCUCUUUUUUCUUGACUCCAACAAUUCCAGAAGGGCAUUGACCUUAGCUAGAAGCUCAACUUUACCAUCUGCUGUUUUGGAAGGAAAGAUCAAAGCAACUCCUCACUCCCAGGCUUUGCUCCUGUCACUUAAGAAAAAUUGAUUCAAUGGAGCAUAUUUUUUUCAAUUGUCCACACCAUAGGAAAAUUCUAUUAGAAACUGUUAGUCCACUAAUAGAAAGGUUCCCUGGUAGAUCAAACAAAAUUAAACUUGACUACCUCUUGUCUGACAGGAAUAAUCAGACAACAUGCUCGGUAGCGAAAUUUUAUGCCGUCUGUAAGUACUGUAAAUUGCAUAUGGCAGUCUGAACGUGCUCUAACUCUGUAAAUAAUUAACCUAUGACAUGUUUUAGUUCUACUUUUAUAUUUGUAUAUCUAUUUGUGAACUUUUAAACCAUUCUAAUGUCCUGCUUAUGCUGGUCGUUGACCAUAAUCAAUAAACUUGGACUUGAUGGACAUGUAA